AUGGCUAAAGACCCGCUGGCCAAGGCAGGCAUUUAUUUUGAUGAACUCAAGAACCUCACUGCAGUGGAACCUGAUGUCAGCAAGAAGACCUCAGCGCUGCAGGAGGGGUCGAAAGACUUUGUGGACAAAAUUGAACAGUUUCAGAAAAUAGCCGCAGGUUCGAUUCGGCUGAUUGAUGAACUGGCAAAAGAAGUGGAAAAACAAAAGAGGAAGGCGAUAGCAGCGAGGAAUCUGCGGAAGUUAAUGGCAAAACAGAGGGAGGUUCAACAGCAGCAGCUGCAGGCUCUCAUUGCUGAGAAAAAGAGCCAACUUGAGAGGUACCGUAUCGAGUAUGAAGCCUUGUCCAAGGUGGAGUCAGAGCAGAGCAAGCUCAUCAACCAGUUCAUUUAG